AUGGUAAUCAAUGACUUUGCCUUUAACCAGGACUUUACCUGUCUUCUGAUGUCGACGCUGGAAUGCCACAAAAUCUUCAACUGCGACCCGUUUGGCGAAUUCUACUCUCUGCCCUCCGAUAUGAACCCCCUGCCCACAGCGUUUCUUCGAAUGCUAUUUUCAACUUCUCUCACAAUAAUUGUGCCUGAGAUGAACCUGAACUUGGGCAACCGCGUGUUGCAGGUGUACAAUUUGAAGCAGAAGUUGAAGAUUUGUGAGCUUACUUUUCCCUCGAAUAUAGUGGAUCUCAUGCUUAAUCGCAAACGCUUAGUGGUUUUCCUUGAAGUGGGGCAGAUUUACAUCUACGAUUUGAGCAGCGUGAAGCUCAUGAAGGUUUUGGAAAUUAAUUCGUUUGUGCUGAAAAAGGGUCACGACGAGAGCAACUCCACCAGGGUAGUGGCCUCCUUGAGCCCUGAUGAUAGGCUGUAUCUUGCGCUCCCACUUCUGCAUGUCAAUGAACAGACCGACUUGUUCAACGCUGAUGGAAGCUCGAGCCAGCCAACGACUCCAGUGCUCAGACCGAGCGACUCGGCAGCUGUUGUAUCUUUGGAUUCUUUAGUGGAGCUCACACAGAAGAACGAGCACUCGCCACUUGCAAAGAAGGAGACAAUAACAUUGGAGGAUCUACAAAAAGAUUCCCACGGAUGGGUAGUGAUUUACGACACAAUCAACUUGAAACCGAGACUUAUUUACAAGGCUCACGAUUCGGGAAUCGCCAAAAUCGCCAUUUCUCGAGACAGCCAUGCAGUGGCUACAGCCUCGAAUAAAGGAACCAUUAUCCGUGUGUGCCAUUUAAACUUCGAACUUCUAGAAGAUCUCAACAAACUCACAAUCACCCACAUCACCAAUCUCCGGCGUGGGCACCACUUGACUCGGAUCAACAACCUCACUUUUAGUCUUGACUCCAGCAUAUUGGGGUGUGGCUCCGAUAGCAACACCAUUCACUUCUUCACAACAGGGGGACCUGCAAGCACACCGGCUGGACCUAGCGGUGCUACGGAGGAACAUGAAACAUCUGAUGAAGAGUCGAGAAGUGGACGGUCUUCUCUGGAGGAUCUCAAUGAGAAUUUGGCCAAUUUGCUUAUUCUGAAGCAACCCGAACAGGAACGGGAGCUAGAAGAAGAGCCAAAGCUGUACUUCUCUUUGGGACUUAAAAAGCUGAGCAAGCUUCUCAACAACCCCUACACUAAGCUGAUCAUGAAGAAGUUGCCUUACAAAGACUAUUUUGAUAAUUUGAUAUGGGAGCCACCCAGAAGGUCGUUUGCGUUUGUAAAGCUUGCAGAAACUGCUCCUUCCACUCCACGUCAUAAAAGUGUGGAAAUUGGGUUUGGUCCUUCGGGGUUGUUGAUGUUGGCUUCGUACCAAACAGGCACCUUCUACCAGUACAAGCUUCCCAAGCCACAUUUGGAGGACAGAGAAGAAUGCCAUCUCAUAUCGAGUCACAGUUUGGAGUAA